GGCGCGAAGGCUCUGGCGCCUCCUCCCGCCCCAUCACUGUGGCUCUGUGCGCGCUGCCGGCCGCUGCUCUCUCCAGCCUCUGAAGAAGAAAGCCCCUGAGCCGCUGUCGCUUGAACCAUGGCUUCGGGCCGAAGGGGUUGGGACAGCUCCCACGAGGACGACCUGCCUGUGUACUUGGCCCGUCCCGGCACCACAGAUCAGGUCCCACGGCAGAAGUACGGUGGCAUGUUCUGCAACGUGGAGGGUGCCUUUGAGAGCAAGACGUUGGAUUUUGAUGCCCUGAGUGUGGGACAGCGCGGCGCCAAGACUCCCCGGAGCAGCCAGGGCAGAGGCCGUGGCGCAGGGAACCGGCCCGGGAUGGAAGUGGACGCGCGCAGGGGACCGGGCCGGGAGGAGAGCAGGGAGCCCGCGCCGGAGUCCCCCAAGCCCGCUGGGGUGGAGAUCCGGAGCGCCACCGGCAAGGAGGUCUUGCAGAACCUUGGUCCCAAGGACAAGAGUGACCGCCUUCUAAUCAAGGGAGGGAGAAUCGUCAAUGAUGAUCAGUCCUUUUAUGCUGAUAUUUACAUGGAGGAUGGCUUAAUAAAGCAAAUUGGAGACAAUCUGAUUGUCCCCGGAGGUGUGAAGACCAUCGAGGCCAAUGGGAAGAUGGUGAUUCCUGGAGGCAUUGAUGUCCAUACCCACUUCCAGAUGCCUUACAAGGGAAUGACCACAGUGGAUGAUUUCUUCCAAGGGACAAAGGCUGCCUUAGCGGGAGGCACCACCAUGAUCAUUGACCAUGUGGUACCUGAACCUGAGUCUAGCCUGACAGAGGCCUAUGAAAAGUGGCGUGAGUGGGCUGACGGGAAGAGCUGCUGUGACUAUGCUUUGCAUGUGGACAUCACCCACUGGAAUGACAGCGUCAAGCAGGAGGUACAGAACCUCAGCAAGGAAAAAGGCAUUAACUCCUUCAUGGUUUACAUGGCCUAUAAGGAUUUAUAUCAAGUGUCCAACACAGANCUCUAUGAGAUCUUCACCUGCCUGGGGCUGGGGGCCAUUGCUCAAGUUCAUGCCGAGAAUGGAGAUAUCAUUGCCCAGGAGCAGGCACGGAUGCUGGAAAUGGGGAUAACUGGCCCAGAAGGCCACUUUUUGAGCAGACUGGAAGAGCUGGAAGCUGAGGCUGUGUUCCGUGCCAUCACCAUUGCCAGCCAGACCAACUGUCCCCUUUAUGUCACCAAGGUCAUGAGCAAGAGCGCUGCUGAUCUCAUCUCACAAGCCAGGAAGAAAGGAAAUGUGGUCUUUGGUGAGCCCAUCACUGCCAGCCUGGGAAUAGAUGGAACUCAUUACUGGAGUAAGAACUGGGCCAAAGCAGCUGCUUUUGUGACAUCCCCACCUCUGAGCCCUGACCCUACCACACCUGACUACAUCAACUCAUUGCUGGCCAGCGGGGAUCUGCAGCUCUCUGGUAGUGCCCACUGUACCUUUAGCACUGCCCAGAAAGCCAUUGGGAAGGACAACUUCACAGCCAUCCCUGAAGGCACCAAUGGUGUGGAGGAGCGUAUGUCUGUCAUCUGGGACAAGGCUGUGGCCACAGGGAAGAUGGAUGAAAACCAGUUUGUGGCCGUGACAAGCACCAAUGCUGCCAAGAUAUUCAACCUGUACCCUCGAAAGGGGAGAAUAGCUGUGGGCUCUGACAGUGACCUUGUCAUCUGGGAUCCAGAUGCCUUGAAGAUUGUCUCUGCCAAGAACCACCAGUCGGUUGCCGAAUAUAACAUCUUUGAAGGGAUGGAGCUGCGUGGGGCACCUCUGGUGGUUAUCUGCCAGGGAAAGAUCAUGCUGGAAGAUGGCAAUCUGCAUGUGACCCAGGGGGCUGGCCGCUUCAUUCCCUGCAGCCCAUUCUCUGACUAUGUCUAUAAGCGCAUUAAAGCAAGGAGGAAGAUGGCAGACCUGCAUGCAGUCCCAAGAGGCAUGUAUGAUGGACCAGUGUUUGACUUGACCACCACCCCCAAGGGGGGCACCCCAGCUGGCUCUACUCGGGGCUCUCCCACUCGGCCAAACCCGCCAGUGAGGAACCUCCAUCAGUCAGGAUUUAGCCUGUCAGGCACCCAAGUGGAUGAGGGUGUCCGCUCAGCUAGCAAACGUAUUGUGGCGCCCCCUGGAGGCCGUUCUAACAUCACAUCCCUGAGUUAAGCCCUCCCAAAGAGGGAGGCAAGAAGCAAGAAGAAAAAAAAAAAAAAAAAUUGAAGCCAAAAUGGUACACCGAUAUUUAAGAAG